AUGAUGUUAAAAUUAUCGUUGUGGUUUCUCUUUGUCGUUGCUUGCGUUCAAGCAAAAAAAAGAGACAGCAGAAUAAUAAAGGGUAAAUCAGCGCAAGAUGGAACGUUACCAUAUAUGGCAUCAGUCCAGGUUACUGGGCAAGGCCACAUAUGUGGAGGUGCCAUACUUGAUUCCAAGUGGAUUCUGACUUCCGGACACUGUAUUGCCCGCGUAAUGCCCAAUACUGACAAGCUUAAAGUAGUUGUUGGCACUAUUAGCUUAAAGGCUGGAGGUCAAGAAUUUAAUGUAUCAAAGGCUACUGUGCAUCCCGAUUUCGAUAAAUCAAAACUUAUUAAUGAUAUAGCCCUUCUACAAGUCUCCAAACCUAUGGAAUUUGGUGACAAGGUGCAAGCUAUAGCUUUACCAGAAAAGGAUACAGAGACAGGAGCAAACGUUAUGGUUUCCGGGUGGGGAUUAACAGAUAAUAAACAAAAUGCUUACCCAGACAAGCUACAAGUUCUCAAUCGAACUGCAUUAUCAAUUGAAAACUGCAAGGAAGUAUUAGGAGACAUGCCAAAUGAAAAGAGAUUGUGUACCGUACCUCAAAGAAAGGGAACUGGUAUCUGCAUAGGAGACGCGGGCAACCCUCUAGUGGAAGGCAAGGCAAUAGUUGGUGUCGCGUCAUUCGUAUUAUUUGAUUGUGGGUCCAAAUACCCUGACGGAUAUGCAAGUGUCUUCGCUUACAAAGAUUGGAUUAAAAAGAAUAUGUCAUAA